CACCUUAAAAUGAAGUGGUGACGCUCGGGCUUGCUCCCUUCAUUCUCUGAUCUGUUUUGCACCAAGGCUUGUCUUGACUUUUCUUUCAACCGCCAUGACUGCUAUUCUGUACAGCGUCCCCGCAAGUACCUCCUGCCUCUUCGUGCGCUCACUGGCAAAGCACAUUGGCUUCGAUAUAAGUGUUAAGGACGUGGACUUCGCUAAAAACGAGCACCUCACCGAGGAAUACCUGAAGCUUAACCCCUUCCACAAGGUGCCCACCCUCGACGAUGGAGGCUACGUCGUUUACGAGAGCACCGCCAUCGCCUACUACAUGCUGCGCAAGCACGCCCCCGAGUCUGAUUUGUACCCCAAAAGCCUUCAACUCCGCACCCGUGUUGACCAAGUCCUCGCCACCGUCGCCACCACCAUUCAACCCAAGCAUUUGUCCUUUCUCCGUGACAGCUUCUGUGAAAACCUCAAACCGACUGGAGAAAGCAUGGCCGCUUUCGAAGAAGGCGUUCUGAAAGGACUGGAGCUCCUCAUCGGUGAAGGACCGUUCUCUGUCGGUGACACACUCACGUUAGGCGAUCUGUUCAUCGUCGCCAACCUGGCUGUGGCUUUCAAUGCAGCAGUGGACCCUGAAAAGUUCCCGAAGCUUGUCGAAUACUACCAACGUGUCAAGGCAGUGCUUCCGUACUUCCAAGAAAUUUACGAGCCUGCCAGCGCUUCCAUCAAGGAGCGUUGGGCUCAAGUGAAAUCAUGGCACAGCGCUCAUAGCACAGAUUUUCUGAGAGUUCCUACAGCUCACUACAGCGCAACUGCGUACCACCCGCAGACCAAUGCUCUGCUUUUUCGUUCAUCCACAAUGUCCGCCAACCUGUACAGUGUUCCCACGAGCCCGUCCUGCGGCUUUGUGCGUUCGGUGGCGAAGCACAUUGACAUCAAGCUAUGUGUCAGGAAUCUGGAUUUUUCCAAAGAGGAGCAUCUCGCCGACAAAUACGUGAAGCUUAACCCCUUCUCCAAGGUGCCCACCCUGGAGGAUGGUGGGUUCGUCGUUCACGAGAGCACUGCUAUCGCCUACUACCUGGUCCGCAAGUACGCGCCUCAGUCCCAGUUGUACCCACUCAGCCCGAGGCGGCGCGCCCGUAUCGACCAGAUCCUCGCCACCAUCGCCAGCACUAUUCGGCCGAAUUUUGUGGAAUUUUUCCGCCGCAUCUUCUGUUGCAACAGUUUGCCCACCAUAUUGGAAAUAGCCGCCUUCGAGGAUACCGUCGUUAAAGGGUUAGAGCUUCUUGUCGGCAAAGGACCGUUCGCCGCCGGUGACAAGCUUACGCUCGCCGAUCUGUGCAUCAUCGCCAACCUCUCUGUGGCUUUCACAAACGGCUUCGUCAACAUAACCAAGUUCCCCACCUUGGUAGAUUACUACGGUCGUGUCGCAGAGGAGCUUCCCUACUUCUCCGAAGUAUUCGGAGAAGCCGUGGAUUUCAUCCACCUGCGCUGGGCACAGCUCAUUCAAGCUGCUCCAACGUCUGAAGAAUCGGGAGGCGCAGAGCCAAUUCAAUCGAAAGACCAGGAAGAGUCAAUUAAAUCGAAAAACCAGGAACACCAAAUGACGCUGGAAGAACCAAUUACAUCGGAAGAGGAUGAAGGACAAGUGACACCGGAAGACCAGGAUCGACGAAUGACACCGGAAGAACCAAUUAAAUCGGAAGACCAGGAACAACAAAUGACGCCGGAAGAACCAAAUAAAUCGGAAGACCAGGAACAACAAAUGACGCCGGAAGAACCAAAUAAAUCGGAAGACCAGGAACAACAAAUGACACCGGAAGAACCAAAUAAAUCGGAAGACCAGGAACAACAAAUGACACCGGAAGAACCAAAUAAAUCGGAAGACCAGGAACAACAAAUGACGCCGGAAGAACCAAAUAAAUCGGAAGACGAGGAAGAACAAAUGACGCCGGAAGAACCGAAUAAAUCGGAAGACCAGGAACAGCGAAUGACGCCGGAAGGAUCAAUUAAGCCGGAAGACAAGGAAGAACAAAUGAAUGGGGCAGGUGGUGAGUGAGUGUUGCUGAAUAUACAAUCAAGCUAAUAAAA